AUGGAGGGUGACAUUUGUAGGGUGUGCCGCUGUGAGGCCCAAUCCGAUCGGCCCCUGUUCCAUCCAUGCAUCUGCACCGGCAGCAUCAAGUGGAUACAUCAGGACUGUCUGAUGCAGUGGAUGCGCUACUCACGCAAAGAGUACUGCGAGCUGUGCGGGCACCGAUUUUCCUUCACGCCGAUCUACUCGCCCGACAUGCCACGAGUGCUACCGCUGAAAUACGUCGCCAAAGGGUUGCUCAGUUCGGUUGGUACGGCCGUCAAGUACUGGAUACACUAUACGCUCGUCGCACUCGCGUGGUUGGGAAUUGUGCCACUGACGGCGUACCGAACGUAUCGAUUCCUGUUUUCCGGCUCGAUCGAAAUGGUCCUCACGCUACCGAUUGAUAUGUUCUCGACGGAGAACAUUACGAUCGACGUGUUUAGGGGAUGCUUCGUGGUCACCUGCACGCUGUUCACGUUUAUCGGUCUCGUAUGGUUGCGGGAGCAGAUCAUUCAUGGCGGUGGUCCGGAUUGGCUCGAGCGGGACGAUCCGCAGGUACCAGAAGCGGCCGCUAAUGGAAAUGGGCCAGCCAAUGUGCGUCAGCCGGAAGCUGAAGUACCCGACGAUGAUGCGGCCAAUAAUAAUAACAACAACAACAAUGAUGAUAACAACAACGAGGAAGAGCACAACAACAACAAUAAUAAUAAUUUUCUCGACAACAAUCUGCUCAACAACCGGAAUGCAGCCGACGAGCCUUUGCUGCAUGGGCAGCAACAACAAGAUCCCGUCGCACCAAACGUCCUACCACCGGAUGUGGAAGCGAUACGCCGCCCAGUGCAUCGGGCAAACUUUGGCGAACCACCUGCCGACAAUGUGCCAAUAGAUCCGGCGGAACCACCACCACCUGCACCAGCAGCCGAUGAACCACCGGAAGCAGUCAUAAACGAACCCGAAGCGGAAGCAGCUGCCGAUGAAGCGAACUGGAACCCGAUGGAAUGGGAACGGGCAGCGGAAGAGCUAACCUGGGAACGGUUGCUCGGUCUCGACGGUUCGAUGGUGUUUCUCGAGCACGUAUUCUGGGUCGUUUCCCUAAACACCGCUUUCAUAGUGUUGUUUGCCUUCUGUCCCUACUCGAUCGGAAACUUUCUGAUAUCGUUCCUUGGCAUCAAUGCACCCGGCAAACAGCUGACGUACUUUCACGGGCUGCUUACCACCAUGCUGGGCUACUGUGUGAUUGGUAUUACGCUGGUGAAGCUACAUGCGAUCGCACGGUUUCUGCGCUGGAGACGUCAACGGCGCAUUCUGGGCCUGUGCUACAUCGUGGUGAAGGUAUCGCUACUGUCCGUGGUGGAAAUUGGUGUGCUGCCGCUCGUUUGCGGCUGGUGGUUAGACAUCUGCUCACUGCCGAUGUUUGAUGCCACGCUGAAGGAUCGUAAGGCGAGCUUUAAGGUUGCCCCCGGGACGUCACUGUUCAUCCACUGGAUGUUUGGCAUGGUGUACGUGUACUACUUUGCCUCGUUCAUUGUGCUGCUGCGCGAAGUGCUCCGGCCGGGUGUGCUUUGGUUUUUGCGCAAUCUAAACGAUCCCGAUUUUAGCCCCAUUCAGGAAAUGAUUCAUCUUUCGAUUUUGCGUCACACGCGCCGUUUGAUAUCGUCGGCCACGAUUUUCGGCUCAGCCGUACUGCUAAUGCUGUGGGCACCCAUACAAAUCCUAAAAACCUUCUGGCCCACAUUCCUGCCCUACACACUAUCAGGUGAUUCGGAGGUGAACGAGCUUAGUCUGCAGUUGCUGCUGCUUCAGUUUGUUCUGCCCAGCUUCUUCGAACAGUCGCACACCCGAAUCUGGUUGAAAGGUUUGGUGCGCAUCUGGUGCAACGUGGUGGCCCGUAUGCUUGGCAUCAAAAGCUAUCUGCUUGGUGCGGAUCCCCGACCGAACGAGGAUGAUGCGGCACCGCCAAGACAGCAACCGGACGCAGGGGCCGGAUUGGCCGCUGCCCAUCAGGCCAUCAUGCAGCGGGAUGUACCGGUCGGAUUUCAGCCAUACGAACGGCCACAGUUCUUCGGCGUGCGGUUGAUUGGUCUGCUGGUGCUGAUGUGCAUUAGCUUAGCGAUCGGGUCGCUAGCCGUACUGACGAUUCCGGUGUGGAUCGGACGCUAUGGCAUGGCGCUCGGUUCAAUCGGUUCGUCCAACAUUGCACCGCCACCGAGUGCGGUGAGCAGCACGGGUACGGAAACACCGGCCCGGCCACACGAACUGUACACCGCCGCCAUCGGGAUGUAUCUCUGCUGGUUGAUAUCGCGUGGCAUCGCGCUGGCAGUGAAUCUGUUACCACAGGGACGGGCCGCCGUGAUUGCGCGCGUCAAACAUUGGAUGUCGAUUGCAACGUCGUACGCGAUGGCCAUGAUCGUGUUCGUGCACAUGCUCGGUGUUAUUCCGCUGAUGUUUGGGUUGCUACUGGAGCUUGUCGUGGUGAUACCGUUGCGUGUACCACCGGAUCAAACGCCGGUCCUGUUCCUGUGGCAGGACUGGGCACUCGGCGUACUGUACACAAAGAUUGCCUGUGCGCUCACACUGAUGGGUCCGGACUGGGCCCUGAAACGUGCGAUCGAACAAGCAUACCGGGACGGGUUGCGCGACAUGAACCUGAACUUUAUCGUGCGCGAACUGAGCAUUCCGGUCAUCACGUGCUUCGGGUUGGCGCUGGCCAUCCCGUACGUGAUCGCUCACUCGAUCCUUCCGCUGUUCUUCACGAAUCCGCUCACGCGAACGUUCUUCGCGCGCCAGAUCUAUCCCUUCUUCCUGCUGAUCGCGUUCGUGAUCGGUAUCCUAGUGCUGCAGGUGCGCCAAUUCAAGAAGCUGUAUGUGGCGAUCAAGAACGACAAGUAUCUCGUUGGGCAGCGGUUAGUGAACUACGACCAUCAGCGCAAAAAGCGCCGUCCAUCGGUGGUCGCUGGUGAGGAAGACCCCACGGGAUCGACGACGACGACAACAGUUGGCGAUGGUGCUAAUGCAACCGAUGAUAAUGGCACGGCAACUUCGUCCACAUCGACGGAAACGAACAACGAUGGACCAGCGGUGGCAACGGCGACCGUAAACGAUGAUCCAGGCAGUAGCAACAGCGAAAGAAUUCGCGUAGCCAUGGAUGCGUUGCAGUAG